CGCCAUGCCUUCUUCAAGACUAAGCAGGGAGAAUUUGAUGGCUUCGGCUCUAUCCUACCGGACAGACAGAAUUCUAUUUGCGCUGCUUGUGCUCUUCGCCUCUCUCUUCCUCAACUUCCACCUGACCAGUCUCAUAUUUCUUGCAGAAGCUAGCAAUGUACAUAUCGUCUAUAUGGGAGCGAGAGACCAUGAAGAUUCAACCACUACUGUCGAAAGUUCCCACCAUGAUGUGUUGACCACCUUGCUUGGAAGCAAGGAAGCAGCUAAGGAUUCCAUCUUAUACAGCUACAAGCAUAGCUUCUCAGGUUUUGCAGCAAGGCUGACCAAGUCUCAGGCAGAAAGACUUGCAGAGUUCCCUGGCAUUGUACAAGUGAUACCCAAUAAAGUACGCAAACUCCAUACAACCCGAAGCUGGGAUUUUAUUGGGCUCCACCCUAAUUCCCGGGACAGCCUUCUAUCUGAAAGUAGAAUGGGUAAAGAGCUGAUUAUUGGUGUUAUAGAUUCAGGGAUCUGGCCGGAGUCGGAAAGUUUCAACGACGAAGGCAUGGGUCCAAUCCCGUCUCGUUGGAAGGGAACUUGCGAGCAUGGGGAGCUCUUCGACUCCACAAACUGCAACAAGAAACUGAUCGGAGCCCGCUGGUUCGGGAAAGGAUUAAUUGCUGAGAUGAAAAGGCCAAUAAAAACGGUUGCACCUUCGGAGUACCUCUCUCCGAGAGAUGCGACGGGUCAUGGAACGCACACAGCUUCCAUAGUAGCUGGUCGAUUGAUAAAGAAAGCAAGUUAUAAAGGUUUGGCCGCAGGAACUGCUCGUGGUGGAGCGCCUCUUGCUCGAUUAGCAGUUUAUAAGGCAUGCUGGGCUACAAAAGCUGAAGAGUGCGCCGAUGCUGAUGUACUGAAGGCAUUCGAUGAGGCAAUACGUGAUGGGGUUGAUGUCAUAUCUGUGUCUCUCGGCGAGCAACUCCCUCUCUCACCGUAUUUUGAGCAUGACUCGGUUUCCAUAGGUUCCUUCCAUGCAGCAGCGAGGGGGAUCAGUGUCGUCUGCUCCGCAGGAAAUGAUGGCCCAUUCUCUCAGACCGUCACAAACACUGCACCUUGGGUUACAACGGUUGCAGCUGCCUCUAUUGACAGGGCCUUCCCAACUGCCAUUAUACUUGGAAACAAUCACACUUUCCUGGGUCAAACCUUAAAUACAAGAGGGUAUAAAGGAGGGUUCCAUGGGCUAGAGUACUCAGAAUUUAUCGCAGAGGAAAACGUGGAUGCGGACGAUAGCCGGGGCUGUGAUAUGGACACUCUCAAUGCAACACUAGCAAAAGGAAAGGUGAUUCUCUGCUUCUCAGUGACAGGAGAUGCAUAUAUAUCUGAUGCAGCUUCGUCGGUCUCAAGAGCAGGAGCCAUCGGUCUCAUCUUUGCACAAUCUCAAGAUAGUUAUGUUGACGCUUGCGAUGAGGUCCCUUGCAUUAAAGUAAAUUACGAGGUGGGCACCGAGAUACUUUCCUACAUCAGACAAGCGCAGUUUCCAGUGGUGAAGUUGGGCCGUCCAAAGACUCUCACUGGGAGGUUAGCAUCCCCAAGAAUAGCUUAUUUCUCAUCUAGAGGGCCUAACUCCCUGUCUCCUGCUAUCUUGAAGCCUGACAUAGCAGCACCUGGAGUUAGCAUUCUGGCAGCACACAGGGAUCCAGCAGAUGCUAAUGAUGCCUUUGCCUUCAUGUCGGGAACCUCGAUGUCCUGUCCUCAUGUAACUGCAAUAGUUACACUCAUCAAAUCUAUCCACCAGGAUUGGUCUCCUGCGGCCAUAAAAUCUGCUCUUAUAACCACAGCCACUCAAAUUGGCACGGAUGGAGGGCUGAUAGUAGCAGAAGAUGGUAGCCAAAAGACAGCUGACCCUUUUGACUAUGGAGGUGGCCAUGUUGAUCCAAAAAGAGCAGCAAAUCCAGGGCUAGUUUACAAUAUGAGCACGGUCGACUAUGUUCCAUUUCUGUGCUCAUUGGGUUACAAUGAUUCUGCCAUUAGCAAUCUGAUUAACCAGCAAAUCAACUGCCCAAUUACUAGCUCAGCAUUGGACCUCAACCUGCCAUCCAUCGUCAUCCCGAAUCUUAAAGGGACCGUAACGAUCACGAGAACCAUGACAAAUGUUGGUCCAGCUAAUUCAGUGUAUGAAGCUCGAGUCCAUCCCCCUCGUGGCAUUAAAAUGGAGGUGAUGCCUCUGAUUCUUGAGUUCAAUUCUACCAUCACCAGCAUCUCAUUCACAGUAACUUUCACUUCCAGUCGAAGGGUGCACUCGGAUUACCGAUUUGGAAGCUUGACAUGGACCGAUGGUGUGCAUGUUGUCAGAAGUCCUGUAGCCGUUCGUGCUAUCAUAUAUGAUUCAUAUGCAGACAUCUAAGAACGUUCGAGCAUGUGAUUAAUAGGUAGAUGGCAUGAAUUGCCAUCAAACAUAUCGUAGCAUAUCGUCAAUCUUGUAAAUUUGUUCGUCUCGCUAAAGAAGCCGAGGUGCAAGCAACCCGAAUGCUAUGUCUCAAGACUUUAUAUUAAUUCCUAUGAACAUAUGAAUUUAAAGUAUGUAUUUUAUUCCCUGUAACGCUCACUCUUUCCUUGAGUAUUGCACCGAAUCUCUACAGCCACAAUGGAAAAGCUGAGAGUAAGGGCAUGGCCCAUCAUUCAAUUGGAGUCAUCUAAUGCACAGAACUGCAAGCGAUAAUAGAUGAAUUAUAUAGUUUUGUUAGAGAGAAGCAAUGCAGACUUGAACUCUAUUACUAAAUUAUAUAUGUACAAAACGUCACUUGUGAUACUUCUAUCCCGUCGUGCACUUGUUAGCGAGAAGUAAUAGAUGAAUUAUGUUUCUA